CCCGUGUCCUUUCUGAGAGGUGGCUUUGUUGGGACUCCUGGGGCAAGGCAGGUCCUGCAGCAGAUGUCCCAGAAGGGCCCCAAGUGGCCUCGACUCUCCUGCCUGGGCGCCUUCCCAGCCCGGGCUCCUGCUUGUGUGUCUCAGUGGAACCCACGGCAGGGCACCAGGCCCCGGACCUGCGGGCUGUAGGCUAGAGAGCAGGGGAACGGCCGGGGGGCCCAGGACCAUCUGCUAAGUGGCUGUGUUUUCCUCAACACCUUGGCUGUCACUGGGCCAGGUGGGGUAACCAGUCACAGUGGGAGGUCGGGGAGACCCCCUUCAAAGCCCAGGCCCGGCCCGACCCAGGCCUUCCGGCGUGGGGUCUAGCUCCUGGGGCUGGGGCCGGCCUUCCCCACCGCCCAAGGGGUGGCCACAUGGCGGCUCCCUGCCUCGGCCCGGCCCUGAAGAGGGCAGGUGGCUGCCGCUGGGAGAAGAGAACAGCAGUGAGCGGUCCCCAGAGAGGCAGUCCCCUCGUCGGAGAGCUGAUGUGACAGAUGUGACCGUCCUCCCCCACGGCCAUGUCAGACUAUGAGAACGAGGACGAGUGCUGGAGCACCCUGGAGGGCUUCCGGGUGAAGCUCAUCUCAGUCAUCGACCCCUCGCGCAUCACGCCCUACCUGCGGCAGUGCAAGGUCCUCAACCCCGACGAUGAGGAGCAGGUGCUCAGCGACCCCAACCUGGUCAUCCGCAAGCGGAAAGUGGGCGUGCUCCUGGACAUCCUGCAGCGGACUGGCCACAAGGGCUACGUGGCCUUCCUCGAGAGCCUGGAGCUGUACUACCCCCAGCUCUACAAGAAGGUCACAGGCAAGGAGCCCAGCCGCGUCUUCUCCAUGAUCAUCGACGCAUCCGGGGAGUCGGGCCUGACGCAGCUGCUGAUGAGCGAGGUUGCAAAGCUGCAGAAGAAGGUGCAGGACCUCACGGCCCUGCUGAGCUCCAAGGACGACUUCAUUAAGGAGCUGCGGGUCAAGGACAGCCUUCUGCGCAAGCACCAGGAGCGUGUGCAGAAGCUCAAGGAGGACUGUGAGGCCUGCAGCCGUGAGCUCAAGCGUUGCAAGGACGAGAACUACGACCUGGCCAUGCGCCUGGCCCGCCAGAGCGAGGAGAAGGGUGCCGCGCUCAUGCGCAACCGCGACCUGCAGCUGGAGGUGGACCGGCUCAAGCACAGCCUGAUGAAGGCUGAGGAUGACUGCAAGGUGGAGCGCAAGCACACGCUGAAGCUGCGGCACGCCAUGGAGCAGCGGCCCAGCCAGGAGCUACUGUGGGAGCUGCAGCAGGAGAAGGCGCAGCUGCAGGCGCGUGUGCAGGAGCUGGAGGCCUCCACGCAGGACGGCAGGCCGGACAAGGGCAGCCCCUACAUCCAGGUGCUGGAGGAGGACUGGCGGCAGGCGCUUCGGGACCACCAGGAGCAGGCCACCACCAUCUUCACCCUGCGCAAGGACCUGCGCCAGAGCGAGGCCCUGCGUGCCCGGUGCUCGGAGGAGAAGGAGGUGUUCGAGCUGCAGUGCCUGGCCCUGCGGAAGGACUCCAAGAUGUACAAGGACCGCAUCGAGGCCAUCCUGCUGCAGAUGGAAGAGGUGGCCAUCGAGCGGGACCAGGCCAUCUCGUCGAGGGAGGCGCUGCACACGCAGUAUGCCCGCAGCCUGCAGGACAAGGACGUGCUGCGCAAGCGGGUGCGGGAGCUGAGCGAGAAGGCGGACGAGCUGCAGCUGCAGCUGUUCCAGUGUGAGGGCCAGCUGCUGGCCGUGGAGGGCAGGCUCAAGCAGCAGCAGCUGGAGAUGCUCGUCCUGAGCUCUGACCUGGAGGACAGCUCGCCCAGGAACUCCCAGGAGCUCUCGAUCCCCCGGGACCUGGAAGAGGACGCCCAGCUCUCUGACAAAGGUGGCCUGCCCGACCGGGAGAGCCCAGAGCAGCCCUUCGAGGCUCUGCAGAAGGAGCACCUCUCACUGACCCCCAAUGGGGCUGGUCUGAGCGGCGGGGAGCCCCCCGAGAAGGAGCGGCGGCGCCUCAAAGAGAGUUUUGAGAACUACCGCAGGAAGCGGGCGCUUCGAAAGCUGCAGCACGGCACGAGACAGGGGGAGGUGGACUGGGAGAACACCACGGGCAGCGACAACACCGACACUGAGGGCUCCUAGCGGCCUUUGUGCAGGAGACCGGAGGCACGGACCAGACGCUAACCAGCCAGGAGCGGGCGCUGCCCUGUUGGGCCGCCUACUUCUUGGUAGCCCGUUUCCACAUCGGCACACGCACUGUGCCACUCACCGGCGAGUUCUACCUUUAUGUUAACAAUGCACACGCAUGAGCAGUGUUAGAAACGCAGCUCCUAAAUAAACAACCGCCGCGUCCGA